CCUGGACUAAAAACAAACUCCCAUCUUACACUGGGACAAAAAGUGUGACCGAUGCGACUAAUCCUAUUGACAUCACGUAGAGUAAAAUUGACGGAGGAGAGGUCCAGAUCUCAGCUGAAUGGAGGCCGGAAAGUCGCCGGACUGGCUCCCCGUCGGCUGGACGGAGGAGGUCAAAGUCAAGGGCGAUCGCAAGUACAAGUGCUACAUUGAUCCACUGACUGGACGUAAAUUCUAUUCGAAGCCACAAGUGUCUGACUAUCUCAGAACUGUACAGCACAACAGCUCUGCAUUGCAACAGGAGAAAAUGGGCACCAUCUCUGUUAGUCAGCACAACACAAGUGAAUUAAUUGGAGGCGAAACAUAUCUGAAGGAAGAGGAGCCACAGGAUGUGAAAGCUCUGAAGCGAACAAGUUACAAAUCCAAACUUUUGCAAACGGGCUCUAGCAUGCUGCCGGUAGAAGAGGUUUUCCAGCCAUUGGCCUCAGAUGUCAGCGGAAAGGUGGCCGGAAUGUCGCCAGACUGGCUCCCUGCUGGCUGGACCGAGCAUGUUAAAGACAAUAACGGCCGAAAAGUCAAGUGCUACAUUGAUCCACUGACUGGACGUAAAUUCUAUUCGAAACCACAAGUGUCUGACUAUCUGAGAACUGUGCAGCGCAACAGCUCUGCAUUGCAGCAGGAGAAAACGGGCACCGUCACUGUUAGUCAGUCUAACGUGGUUGAAUUAAGUGGAGACACAACCACUCUGAAGGCAAAGGGAUCGAAAUUCCGUACAAGGUCUUGCUCCAAACAGAGUGAAAUGGGCUUUAGCAAUGAAUCUGUAGAGCACAACACAAGUGAAUUUACUGGAGGUGAAACAAAUCUGAAGGAAGAGGAGCUGCAGAAUGUGAAAGCUCUGAAGCGAACAAGUUGCAAAUCCAAACUUUCGCAAACGUGCUCUAGCAUGCAGCCAGUAGAAGAGGUUUUCCAGCCAUUAGCCUCAGAUGUUAGCGUAAAGGUGGCCGGAAUGUCGCCGGACUGGCUCCCUGCUGGCUGGACUGAGCAUGUCAAAGAUAAUAACGGCCGAAAAGUCAAGUGCUACGUUGAUCCACUUACUGGACGCAAGUUCUAUUCGAAGCCACAAGUGUCUGAAUAUCUCAAAACUGUAAAGCCAAAUGGCUCUGCAUCCCAACAAAACAAAAAUGCUGACGCUUGUGAAUUAACUGGCGGCAAAACAACACUGAAGCCAACGGGAUCUCAAUUUCGUACGAGAUCCUCCAAACAGAUUGAUAUGGGCUUUAGCAUUGAGUCUGCAGAAAAGCUGAAAAUGGAUGAAUUAAAUGGAGGCAAAACAUCUUUGAAGGAAGAGAAGUCACACAAUGACAAAACUCUCAAGCAAACAAGUUGCAAAUCUGAACGGAAGCAAACAGCCAAGGUUUACUCCACAAACAAAGUUGCAAUUGAGAGUGUCACGCCUGAUGGAUUACCUCCAGGGUGGCGUAAAGAAAUCAAAAUUCAGAAGAAGGCGAAUGGGACUAGAAAAGAUACGUACUACACGGAUCCUGUAAGCGGAUAUGUAUUCUUCUCCCAGCCAGAUGCUUUGCGCUAUCUGAAAACUGGAGACGUCAAAAGCUGCUCUAUGAAACCAAAGAAGAGGGAUGAGCUAGGGUUUUUAGAUAACGGGACUUUGGCUAAAAUGGGAGAAUUAGGUGUAGCCACAAACUCUCAGAAGGUAGAGGGGUCUCAAAAUGUCAAAAUUACGAAGCGAAAGAGUCACACGUCUAAUCGGAAGCCAGUGGGCUCUGCUGAGCAGCCUGUAGAAAAGGGUGUGAUUGAGAGCGUUGCAACUGAAGGGCUGCCUCCAGGGUGGCUACAGGAAACGUACUACACGGAUCCUGCAAGUGGAUAUGUAUUUUUCUCCCUGGAAGACGCUUUGCGCUAUCUGGAAACUGGAGAUUUUGAUAAGUGCACUGUCAAACCGAAGAAGAGGGACAUGCUAGGGUUUUUUAAUGAAGAUACUUCUGUAAGUCCUAACGUGAGUGGAUUGACUAGAGUAAAAAACUCUUUGAAGCAAGAGGGAUCUCAAAAUGGGGCAACUCCAAAGGCUACAAGGCGUGUGACGAAACAGAGGGAGAUGGGCUUCAGCAAAGCGUCUAUAGAAAAGUCAAACAUGGAUGAAAUAACUGGAGGCCGAACCUCACUGAAGCAAGAGGGAUCUCAAAAUGUGAAAACUCCAAAGAGUACAAGUCGCUUGUCCAAACAGAAGAUAAAUGGCCAUAGCAAGCAUUCUGUAGAAAAUGAAAUGAUUGAGAGGGUCACACCUGACGGGCUACCUCCAGAGUGGAUAAAAGAAGUCAGAAUUCAAAAGAAAGCAAACGGAACUAGAAAAGACACGUACUACACAGAUCCAGUAAGUGGGUAUGUGUUCUUGUCCCAGAAAGACGCGUUGCGCUAUUUGAAAUCGGGAGACAUUCGUACGUGCGCUAAGAGGCCAAAGAAAAGGGAUGAGCUUGGAUUCUUAAAUGAAGCCAGUUCUGUAAGUCUUCCAUCUGUAGCUGCCACCCAGAAGAUAGGGAACCAUACUCCAAAAAGACGACUUUUCGCAGAAUUCACUGCUGCAGGUACAGAAAACGACGACACGAGAAUCUUAGAAACAGCAGAUGCUGGAGGACCACGAAAGAGGCAACGGAUUCUUGAAGGAGAACUGUCUCCUGGUACACAAAACAGGUUCUCGAGAAGCUUAGAAACAGCAGAUGCUGGGGGGCCGCAGAAAAGGCAAUGCACUCGUAAAGAAAAACUUUCACCUGGUAAUGCAAUUGAGGAGGGUGCUGACAAAAAGGAAAGCUAUGAUCCUACCAGCUCACCUCCGCCAAUAACCAAAGGCUCUAAGAGGAAACAAGGCAAGAGAGUUCGUACUGGAAAUUCGACUGUUUCCAAGAAGAAAGAUAAAAGCACUAAUUCCGAGGCGACAAAUAAAAGCAAUAGAAAAUUAGAGACUGGUGCUAGCAGAUCCAAGAGGAAAAAGGCAGUUGGUGUGCCAAGUAGGUCUUCCUCACGACUCAUGCGGCCCAAGUCUAAGAUGGUCAAGUCUCUUGAAUUUGCCCAAGAGGGGGAGCGUCUAAGGGCCGAGGCCGAGAGGACCAGGGCCGAGGGAGAAGAGCUUGUGAGGGAGACCGAGGCGGCCGAGAGAGCUCAGGUUGACGUGGCGUGGGCUCGGGAGUCGGCUAUGGCGCAGGCCAAGGCAAGGGCGCAGGUGACACGCGCUAAGUUUGUAGCGGAGACAUACACGCCACCAGAGUCGCACGUUUUUGUCCCGUCGGGCUUUGUGCGCUACGUGCCGCAUCGAGAGGACUACAAUCCUGAGUUGGUGCUGAGGGACCCCGAGGUGCACCUUUCGACGACUUGGUCUGAGAGGAGGGUAGCCACCUCGCGCGGGCAUGGAGGAGCAGCAAACUCGCUUGCGCUAUACAGAGGAUUGCCCGAGAGGGUUAGGCGGUUGGUAGAUGAGGCAGGGUUUGGUCAGUUCAUCCCAACAUUGAUGCAAACGAAGAAUGACCACGCUGUUCUCACUGCACUAGCGGAGAGGUGGCAAGACACAUCCAACACCUUUCACUUUCCGGUAGGGGAGAUGACGGUGACUCCGUUAGACUUCGCGGCCAUCACUGGCCUGAGGGUUGGAGGCGAGCCUAUCCCAUUCGACACGGGGAUUUAUAGAGACGAGGCAGCCCUAAGGUGGUUCCUGGGACGGGUGCCUGACCGGGAUGGGGAAAUGGUGAAGUAUGAGCAAUUCAGGGAGUACUUGAAGAAGAUCCCGACUACGCAGCAGGAGGAGGAGCAGAUGGCAAGGGCCUACUUGUUAUACUUGUUCGGUGCUUCUUUGUACCCGAACAGGCGCAGCAAGGUGCACUUGUCUUACCUACCAGCUUUGCGGGACCUUAGCACGGCCUCACGGUUUGACUGGGGAGGAGCAGCUCUAGGCACGUGCUACGGCUUCAUGGGAGACUUCACGAGGAUCAAGAAAGCAGUGGCCGGCUACUGGAGGGUGUGGGAGCUGUGGGCCUACGAGGUUCUGAAGAUGUACCCACCGGAAAAUAAGUGCCCUGACUUGAGGACUCUCCCGCGCGCGCUGAUAUGGGGUCCCCCGCACAGAGGCCAGAAGAAAUCAAAGGGGAGUCUCCAGGCUUUCAGAGUCUACCUCGACGAGCUAUCGAGCACUCAGAUAGAGUGGAACCCAUGGGGCGGAGCAGUGCCUGAGCCAGAGUAUGUGGCGAGGAGCAGAGUAGUGACAGCGAGCCGGGUGCUGUUGGAGUCCGCCUUUGGGUGGCAGUGGUACUUAGGCGACCGGGUGACGCGACAGUCGCUGGGUUUGUCUGAGUUCCAGGUUCCGGGGCCACUUCCGCCUCAUGCUUCGCACACGGAUAGCUACACGCUCGCUGAGCUGCAGCGAUUUACCACACCAGCGACUGACCUUGCUGCUUUCCUGAGGCCCGAGUGUGACUAUGCUGUUUACCGAAGGCAGUACUUGGCGGGGCCACUCGGAGUGUUGACGCACAGGGCUGUAGUGAGUGAGGUUUUAGAGGCAGGGCUAGAGCAUCGAGGUGCGAGCUCAAGACCGAGAGGAGAGACUCCUCGCUCAAGAGAGAGGACUAGCUAUGCGGCUGUUGGAGGUUUGCCUCGGCUUUCUUGGACCUUAGCAGUGCGCGAUGCGCAGGGAGAAGCCGCUACUAUUCAGUUUGAGGCGGCCAGGACAGAGCCUGCACAGAUCACCGGACCGGUGCCAGUAGAGUGGGUGGAGGAGGCUGUGCGCUUGAUGCUUGCCAUGGAGAAGGAGUUUCAUAAGAUAGCAGGUGGCACUCCUUUGCAGUUGCACUAUCCACCGGCGGUGACUCCAGCUCCUACACCAGCGUCGUCAAGACCUCAUACACAAGGUAGGGCGGCUCCUAGGCGAAAGACGGUAUGGGGCCCUCCUUCGAAGAAGGCAACGACGGGCACCUCUACCACUCCAGCCGCUGCUAAGAGACAGACGAGCACUUCACGACCAGCGGCUAGCGUGCAGAGAGCUGUAGAGAGUGCGGUCCGCGUAGAGGAGAGAUACCAGAUGAAGCUAAGGGAGAGGCCGCGCCAGCAAGAGCCAGCUCAGAAGAAGAGGAAAGAGACAACACCUCAAAUCCUGGAGAGUGAGAGCGAGGAGGAAGAGGAAGAGAACGAGGAGUGCUUGCCUUUCAGUAGCAACUCCGAUGACUCCGCCGAUGACCCUGGGUACAAGAGGGACUCUAUAGAGCUGGAGGAUGACGAGGACGAGGACGAUGACGACGACGACUUUUACGAAUGAGGACUAUCACUGAGCCUCAUUUACUUUACUGUCUUUUUGCUUUUGAUUCGGGUGUGCGUGCCCCCAUAGAUAGACUGUUGUGUAGGCAAGCGUGCCCUAGCUGACAUUAGCAGGAGUAACAUUGGGCCUGCGCCCGUUUUUGACUUUCGGGCGGAUGUGCCACGUAGCUAUGCUUUUGCUUGGGCCGUUUGAGCCUUGGCAUACAUGUUAUUCCAUCGUUGGAUAUUGAUUAGUAGUAUAUAAAAGUUGCAUCUUCUGGUC